AAACAUGGUGGUCACUGCAGCAAAACAGCCGGUCGAAGGAUUCAAAAAUGCAUUUUUCUCUGUGAUAUUCGCGUUAACUCUAGCAAAUUGUGCUCACAACGACAAAUUUUCAGAAGAGCUAUUUGUAAAACCCUUAUCUAGUGGACAUGUCAUGUUUCAUUUUCAGUUUACAACUGUUUGGAAUGUUUCGAUCGAUAAUCCUGAAUCAUUCCAACACUAUCACCUGUUUCCCAAAUCACUUGGUGAUGUUUUAACAACUUAUAAAGUGAAAGAAUUGCAUCUGAGUCAAACACAAGGACUGUGGAGACAUGAUAAAUGGGGCUACCCUCCAGAAGAUGCACCCCCAGGGGUAGAGUUGUGGGUGUGGUUCCAACCUCAUGUUGGUGUGGAUAAGACCUGGGCUGAUCUUGUGAAUGCUUUAUCUGGCUUGUUCUGUGCCUCUCUGAACUUUAUGGACAAUAAGUCAACGUUGCAGCCUCGAUGGAGUUUCCGCCCCACAGGAUUGGCCUCUGAGUUUAACAGCGCUGAUACACGGUUCAUCAGGUAUUCAACACUCCCAAGAGAGGUGGUCUGUACAGAAAACCUAACUCCAUGGAAGAAACUUCUGCCAUGUGGAUCCAAGAUUGGUCUUGCCAACUUGCUUAACUCAGUAAAGCUCUAUGAUGGAUUUUAUCAUUCACUUGGGGUCCAUGUCAGAUCUGUAUGUCAGGAUUCCCAAUGUCACACACAGGCUACAGAGCUAAAGCAAACACUGACUGUAGUAUAUGAUCCUACUACAAAUAAAAACAGCAAACAAGACUGGAGUUUUCAGAGUAUGUUUGACAGAAGUCUACAGUCCCAGUGUCCUCUGGCUGAUACCAGGAAAAUCUAUGUAGAUGUGACAACACAGGAUACUUAUCCCAAAUUUACAUUGACCCCCCUACCAGAUUAUACAUUGAAUCAAAAGCGACCUGGAGAGGAGAGGAAGAUUGCUGUUUAUGAAAUAGGAAAUCAUUUGUCAAUGAACAAACUAAAUCUGAGAGCUUCAUAUGAGGAGAAAAUGAAAUUCACAAAUUCCUCUCUGCCGCCCAUCUAUGCCAACAGAUUUGUCACAGGAUAUGGAUUGGAGAGAGGUGGUGUUACAUGUAUGAUCUACAACACCAUGGAAUUCAACACUACUGUUAUCUUCAUGGAGACUGUACCCUGGUUCCUGAGAGUGUACUUCAGCUCACUAAAGAUAGAGAACAAUGGAAGGGAACUUAAACCUUAUAAAAUCAACUUCAUCCCAGCAAAGGACCGAGCCAAUCCAUACCAAAUGGAGAUAGUGUUUCGUCUUUUUGCCAACUCAGUCACUAAGAUCACAUACUCAUUUGAGCGAGCCUUCCUGAAGUGGACAGAGUAUCCACCAGAUGCCAAUCAUGGCUUCUAUGUCAGCUCUGCUGUGAUAUCCAGUGUGUUACCAGUAGCCAGUAAUUAUACAGCCAUUCCCCAGUCUGCAUCACUUCUGGAGGAAAGUUUCUCCGACAGUUCCGGGUCAUUUUUCCUGCGGUUACACACAGAAGCUUUGCUGGUCUCCCUGCCCACUCCUGACUUCAGCAUGCCCUAUAACGUAAUCUGCCUAGCCUGUACAGUCGUUGCCAUCGCGUUUGGUUCCCUUCACAAUCUUACCACCAGAGAAUUCACUGCUUCUGACCCAAACAAAAAGAAAGGCCUUAUAUCUAAGAUAAAGGCUUACUUUAACAAGGAUAAAAAUAAAACUAAGGAGGAAGGUUCUGCAGGAGAACCAGACAAAUCAAGUGAAAGUGAUAAUGAUAAUUCAAGUAAUUCAAAAGAAGAGACAAAAAUAAAAGACACAAAAUCUGAUACAUGAUCACUCCCUGAACUUUUUUUAAAGCAAACAUCGAUACUCUAUAUGCAAGAACAUAUUAAUUUGUUAUCCAUUGUUGACUGUGUUAUUUCUCGAACAACACUAUAUUUUUUUUUUUACAAAAUGAAUGCUUUUGUUCUAAAAGUCAUUUACACCCAAAUCUGAUUUUGAUUCCAUUUUUGAAUAUCUGAAUGUGUAUUUUAAUAAUUAUUUGUGUACAUGAUACAUCCUUUUUUGUGAACUUUGUUAAAUAUAUCAGUGAUAGUGAAACAGUUCAUCAGGUGUAGUAGGAAGAUAAAAGAGGCAACACUAAUGUUCAAUCCAUGUGCAUAAAAAUUUGUUUAUCAAAAAUGCAUGAGGUGCAAUUGUAGGUAGAUGUUCAUUGUUUUCUUCAUCAAGGCAUUCAGGACUUGUUCCAAUCAUACUGAAUUAUUUUUGAUGAACAUCUGUGAAGUAAGAGAUUUUUCAUUUUUUGCAUGAUUAUUACUUUUCUAUGGAAAUGAUGAAUUACAUUUUUAGAAAGUACCGUAUAAGUAGAAUUUUUAGCGAGGAUUUAAUUUUGGCAUAAUUAGCGAGGGUGCCGAUAUCGCUAAAAAUUAAUAUCACUACAAAUUGAUUGUGUUUUAUUUGUAAUAGCUUCUGUAAUGUGCAUAUUAAAAUCGCUAAAAUAACAUCUCGCUAAAAAUAAAUUACCAUAUUUUAAGGACAAAUAGCUAAAUUUGCGUCUCGCUUAAAUUUCCACUUAUAUGGUAUAUAUAUGAAUGAAGUAUAAUUGUUGAAUUGAUAGUGAAAUUGUAAAUUCAUUUUCUACCAAUCACUGCAUGAUGAUAAACUUUUAAAAUUAAUGUAUCUGAACAACUUUCAUGAAAUACCAUACUUGAUCAUCCGUAUUUUUUUUUACACUGCUGAAAAUUAUUUAGAUGUCUUAGAUGUGCAGUUGUAAGUUAAUAUUUUUAAUAGUUGUUUGCAAUGCUAUGCAUAUUUAGUCACCAGUUGAGAAUAUUUAUGAGGAUCUUUAUCAAUAUUGGGAUGUCGUAUUCACUAUUCACCAAGUCCAUCUGUCUGUCCAUCCAUCGACUCUUUCAUUUUUCACAAAUGAAUAUUCAUUUAAUACAAAUUUUUAUUUACUAUGUAUGACUAUGUGAAAGAGGGGUAAUGGAAGAUAGUUGUAGUGUGUGUGUGUGUGUGUAUUUUUAAAAUAAAUUGACCCUAAACUUGGAUGGAAAAUAGAGUAAAACACCCUGUAAUGUUCUGUAACCUAGUAUGGACCUAGGGCAUUUUUUGCUUAACCCCAUAAAAUCUGCUGACGAAGUAUAGUGCUGCCAUAGUAAUUCUGGUGAACAUUGUGGUCUAUGGGCCUCUAGUUAGUGCAAUAUUUGUUUUGUGAGAGUUAAAAGGUACUACAUGUAGUAUCAUUUUCUAAGAAAGUUGGAUAAAAAUACUUGUCGUGUUAGGAUGGAUUGAUCUCAAUAUGUUUGAUGAUUUACAUUUGGUGUGAGUACGUGUGAUCAAUGAGUGAAUACUUUAUUUAUAUUUUUGUACCAGUAACCAAGAUGUCCAAAUUUAUUUUUUCCGAAAUGAACAAGAGUUCACUUAAACGUUUAUGAAACCAAAUAAAAUUAAGUUAAAGA